AUGCCCCCCUCAAUACUCUCAACCUCUAUAUCGACGCAGAAGGACUUAAAUGCGCUGCCCAUCAUCCACUAUCGGCUUGUUAACUUCGACGCUGGCUACUAUCGUCGGCAGAUGGAGCACUUUGAAUACUACUGGGGCCUUCAGAAGGGAGAGCUCGAUCUCUCUACGCCACUCAACCACAUCCAGCUCCGAAGCGACAUGGCCGAGCGUAUGGACAGGUCUGAGUGGACCCUACUCCCCACCAAGAAAACGCUCGGCGCCAUGAAUGCGCUGUCCGACUUCAACAAGACUGCAAGCAUACAUAACAGGAAGCGAUUCACCGAAGAACUACCUGAACAGGAAUACGAAUACGAGUUCGUGCCAUUGCACAUCGCCAAACGAGAUCGCCCUUCUAUGUACCUCAAGCGAGGCUCGACCAUCAGGACAAUCAAGAAGGCAUACUCCAGGGUGCCUCGUAUAAGGUCUCGCGCACAUCCUCUCUUCGUAAUCUUUCGCAUAUUCGAUCAAAUCCUCGCUGGCUAUACGUCCCUAUCGCAAACCAAAUGCGAUCGACUUGUCCGAACAGUGAACGACACGCUCCGCCGUUGGGUAGAUUCUCCUCCGGCAGAGUUUCUCGUGGGGCCUGCUGAUGUCUGGGCCGAACAUCGCCAUCCCUCAAGCGACGACGGGUCUGUCGCUCGAGCGAAGCUUAGCUCCUGUAAUCCUGCACGCACGAAGAGGCCGACGCGCGCUGUGCGCAAAUCCAGCCACGCCCCCUCUCCUCAGCCCAAAACUGCUCAGGCGAAGUCAUCCAUAUACGACUAUAUGCGGAGCCCGCCUUCUCUCCCGAAAUCCCCGGCGCUUCCACGCAGCGCUCGUGCCUCGGACUCAGGAUCCUCCGAUAGCGCCGUCGAUGUCGUUUUCUCGGCGGUUGAUCUCCGUAGCUGGUUGGACUCCAUCAGCCCCACGUCCAAGACGAGGCGCGCAUUGCCUCCUAUCUCGAGCGUUGACUCCAUCCUUGCCCGCUAUCGCAAGGAGCCCGCUCGCGCCCCCACCGAUGCGCUCCGCGGCACGCUGCUUCAAAGACACGGUGGACUGUAUGGGGGAGGUGGCUAUGCGAACUGUCGCUACAUCUACAGCAGCAACGACUGGGCGAUGCAUAUCUAUGACCAGUGUCUCUGGUCGUCCAAUCCACCCGAGGCGGCCCAGUUCGACUACGUUGACCUCGUCACAUAA